AUAGAUAAUUAAUUUUAUUUGAUCCUUCCAAAUCUGACUCGACCUGCUCUCAUCGUCAUGGACGCUCUCAAAAAUGUUUUCGAGGCCAAGAAGGCUCAGGUUGGCCCUAUUUCUCGCAUCCUUUACAUGUUCAUUCAUGAUCCUGGCAGGGAUCGCCCGCAUUGGUCACUUUCGUCACGGCGGGGUAUCCUACGAAAGAUGCGACAGCUUCCCAUUAUGUUCGCUAUGCAGAACGGAGGCGCAGAUAUCAUCGAGCUGGGGAUGCCUUUCUCGGAUCCAAUUGCUGAUGGUCCUGUCAUCCAAGAGAGCAAUACAGUUGCGUUGAAGAAUAACAUGGACUACGCGACGGUCUUGGGUCAACUUCGCGAGGCGAGGAGCAAGGGACUUACCGCCCCCGUUAUCCUCAUGGGCUAUUACAACCCGUUACUGGCGUAUGGCGAGGACAAGGCUAUACAAGAUGCAAGCGAGGCUGGAGCUAAUGGCUUCAUUAUGGUUGACCUUCCACCUGAAGAAGCUAUCACGUUCAGAGAAAAGUGCACAAAAGCAAACUUGUCAUAUGUUCCUCUCAUUGCUCCGUCGACCACGCCAUCUCGAAUAAAAUUCCUCGCGUCAAUUGCCGACAGUUUUAUUUAUGUCGUGUCUAAAAUGGGUACAACUGGAUCGUCCGACAAGGUAGCGAUAAACGCUGAGCUCCCAGAUAUUAUCGCUCGUGUCCGGGAACAUGCGACCGUUGCCAUCGCUGUCGGCUUUGGUGUAUCCAAUCGCAGUCACUUUGAUUAUGUUGCCGAUGCCGGUGCAGACGGAGUUGUCGUUGGCAGUCGGAUCGUCAAUGUUAUUAAAAGCGCCCCUGCAGAUAAAAUUUCCCACAGUGUUGAAGCCUUCUGCAGUGAAAUUACUCUGAAGGGUCAGCCUCCUAAGGCCAGAUCUCCUCUUCCAGCUCGGUCGCCUACACCUGUGACAAAAGGCAGGAAGGAUAUCUCGAAGGACUCUUCGGCAUCGGAUUUACCCGCGCGAUUUGGUCAAUUUGGUGGUCAAUAUGUCCCAGAGUCCUUGGUCGAUUGUUUGGCAGAACUCGAGGAGGCUCACAAAUCUGCCAUGAAUGACCCGGAGUUCUUGAAGGAAUUCCAAAGCUAUUACGAAUAUAUCAACAGACCUUCAAGUCUCUAUCUAGCAGAAAAUUUGACCAAACACGCUGGUGGGGCUAACAUCUGGCUCAAGCGCGAAGAUUUAAAUCACACGGGAUCUCACAAAAUCAACAACGCAAUUGGUCAAAUUCUCCUGGCUCGCCGCAUUGGCAAGACACGUAUCAUCGCCGAAACUGGUGCGGGUCAGCAUGGUGUCGCAACAGCAACGGUCUGCGCCAAAUUUGGCUUGGAAUGUAUUAUCUAUAUGGGAGCUGAGGAUGUCCGGCGCCAAGCGCUCAAUGUUUUCCGUAUUGAGAUGCUCGGAGGCAAGGUCAUCCCUGUCCACUCAGGGUCAUGUACCCUCAAAGACGCUGUAAACGAGGCCAUGCGGGACUGGGUAUCAAAUCUGUCCACGACGCACUAUCUUGUAGGAUCUGCUAUCGGACCCCACCCCUUCCCCACGAUCGUCCGUGAUUUCCAAAAGAUUAUCGGAGAGGAAAUCAAAGUUCAACUGAAGGAGAAGCGAGGUAAACUCCCCGAUGUCGUCGUGGCCUGUGUGGGUGGUGGAAGUAAUUCCAUCGGAACUUUCUACGAUUUCAUUGGCGAUAAAAGUGUUAGAAUGGUUGGUGUUGAGGCUGGUGGCGAGGGUACCGACGGCAACCGACACAGCGCUACGCUUUCCAAGGGUCAGCCUGGUGUCCUCCACGGCGUGCGGACGUAUAUUCUACAGUCCCCGGAUGGCCAGAUUAUCGAAACGCAUUCUAUCAGCGCAGGACUUGAUUAUCCCGGGGUAGGGCCGGAACAUGCUUGGUUAAAAGACUCUGGUAGGGCAGAGUACGUCGUCGCCACAGAUGAAGAGGCAUUGAGAGGGUUCAGAAUGCUUACACAAUUGGAGGGCAUAAUUCCGGCCCUGGAGUCAUCACAUGCCAUCUGGGAAGGCGUCCAUAUCGCGAAAACAAUGCCCAAAGAUUCUGAUAUUGUCAUUUGUCUUUCUGGUAGAGGUGAUAAAGAUGUUGAACAGAUCUCUGAGCUUCUUCCCAAGUGGGCGGAUAUCCUCGACUGGCACGUCAGCAAAUAGAAAUGUAGAUGCAAUGUUAUAGU